AAAUAAAAGCUGCAUUCUGCAAUCAGCUGAACAAUGCAUUUUAUUUAUUUAUUUCCUAUUAAAAUUGCUAAUUUUCUUUAAAAAAAUAUUUUACGCUCCUAAACACUAUGCAUCGUGCUAAUGCCGUGAAAUUCGUUUAGUGGGUACUAUCAUUUUCGACCAAAUUUUUUUGCGAAAAUAAUGUUUGGAAGACCAAGAUGCAGGGAAUGGACUCCCUUGACCACCCAACAGUUACGCCUACGAAGUUUAAUACAGAUAGUUGGCUACAACAUACGUCCGCCGGAGUGCGAACAUCCGUGCAGCUACUACAUCACCCUGCAUCACACCACGAUGUCGGCACCGUUUUACACCAGCGAGAGGAUACUGUCUCCGCAUCCAAAGUGGAAGGAGAUUGAUCCAGAAAUCACACAACGCAUGUCCUCCACAAAUGUAGUCAUAAGGAUAUGGUGUCACAUCCAUCUGCCACAUGAAGAGGAGAAUCCUACACAAGACACCAUCAUACAAACUUGGGGUGUUUAUUUCAGUGGUCUAAGAUAUUUGGGAGCAAACCUAGCUCUGAAUUUCAACUCUGACUGCUUCAAAAGUAAUACCCUGGUCUUCCAAAUGCACGGUGGGUAUUUCUGCUCCUACAGUAGCUUGAAACUCGAUAUAAUGCCACCAGAAAAUGAGGAAUCGGUAUCUUCAGGGUCUUCGGGUAAGAAUAUCAAUUGUUUCACAUUUAGUGUCGACAAAAAGAUGCCCUCAUCACCAGCUUAUUACAAAAGAGAAUAUUCUAAGAGUCAGAGUCCGAUAGAAAGAGGUUUCAAGCAGAAUUUCCCAACUAUGAAGUCACAUUCUACGUUAAAUCUGAAUAGAAAAGAAGAUAUAGACCCGAGUCACAUAUUCGAGCAUUCACCGACUAAUCUAGAAGUAAAAGAGAGUGAAAAAGAGGAAGAGAAAGUGGACUUGAGCGAAACGGCAGAGAGUUAUGAUCUGAGGAGUGAAACUGAUGCGCCGAGAUACCGAUAUAUAGCUUUGAACUUCCUCAAAUCUGAAAUCAGACAUAGUUACAACGCUAACAAGCUGAGAAAUCUACAUCUUCUGCAAUACGCCAUAAAGAAGAAACAGGAGGCAGUCCAAGAAGUUAAAGAGAAGAUUUACAAGAAGUCAGCGAUAACGGAAACAGAUUUGAAUAUAAAACAGAAGAGUAGAGUGCAGAAGAAUAUAUUCUGUGAAGAAGAGAGCGCUCCUAUAAGGGAGAGUGCCAAAAAUGGCAUGAAAGAAGAAAAACCUUCUGGACCAAGACUGACGUUGAAAUUAAAUGAUCUUCUAUCUUAUAAGUCAAAACCAUCUCCUUUCCAAAGAGCGGAGCAUAUCAGGCUAACGAGACAACUAGAAAUAUUGCACUUCAAGAGGUUGAUUCUGUCUGAAGAGAGAGACGCAAAAUUAGCGAACAUAAGAAGACUGAAAGAGAGGCAUGCUAAGUUGUUUGAGGAGAAUCAAGAUGUUGGAUCAGAACUAAUGGAGAACUAUCACGCCCUAUCCCGUUGCUCCGAGGGCUACAAGGACAUUAAGGCGUCAUGCAUGUCAAUGCGCGAACUGGCCCGGGCGAGCCAUGCGGCGUUAUCCGCAAGACGAGCGAGUCUACUGCAUCAGUUGCACCAGAUAUUCACCAUAGCGCAGAAAGACACAUCGACUUGGACGAUAUGCGAUGUACCACUACCGGUGUGUGGUGACGAGAACCCAACAUCGAACCCGCUACCAGACGCUGUGGCUACCGGCUACGUCGCUCAAGCCGCCUGUCUAGCUGCUAUCAUACUGAACCAGCCGCUUAGAUACAAGAUCACAUUGUUGGGGUCCGCUAGCAAGAUAUUGGAUGUCACUGAUCUGCCAGAUCCUAACAUACCGCUCUUCGCUCGAGGCGGUGACAUCACCCUGUUCCGUUACGGCAUAUUCUUACUGAACAAGUGCGUGGCGCAAUUGCUAUGGGGCCGCGGUCUGUCGGUGUACGACAUGAGACCGACCCUGUCGAACCUGCAGCGGCUGAUGACGACGCCGAGCGACCUGUCGGACACCUCUCGACUCUUCAGCACAUACCGAUGGCUGGCUGAUCAUCAUUGUCCCAAGACUCAAUCUUUACGCAGCGUCGCCACAGAGAGAGGCAGAUAUAGACAGUUUAAUAGGUUUAAGGAUUCUGUCGACGGUCAGUCUCCUCAGAGAGCCCUAAGUAGUCGACGACACAAGCACUCGCGCAGUGUGGGGAGCUACCAUGAUGACCAGGAACUUGGAGACAUGAAUGUAUCAACCACUUCUAUGAUAGGAAGUGAUUCGAAUAUCUACAACAUGAAACACUCAGAAACAAAACCGGAGUAUCAGAAAACUCUCUCAGAUUCAGAAAUAGCAAACCAAACGGACAGAGGCGAAGAAAAAGUGAUAUUCACUCUCGGAGAUGACAUGGACGCAGAAUCAUCACAUCUUGUUAGGAUAUCAACGAACAACGAUGAUAAAACUAAAGAUAAUGUUAAACGAAUAUGCUCAGAAAUAACUACUUACUGUACAGAACAUGUUAUAGAAGAUAUGAAGGAGAUAAACGAAUUCAUGACCAACUUUGACAAAUGUAAAGAGAUCUGUGCGGAUUUCAACGCUUUCUUCGAGGCCUCCACAAGUCAAGGGGACAUUGAUAUAGCUAAAUACAUGGAGAAGAAAGCCAGUGUGGAUAUAGAAGAUGUGUCUUGUGAUGACUGUGAAAGAAAUGUGGACGGUGUAUGUGAUUUGGCUUGUGCGAAUACGGUGAAAGACGUUAUAGUGAUACAGAGUGCAGAGGCCAAGUUGGACACCGGACAAGAUAUGGAGUAGAAAUCCAACUGGGACAGACUAUGCUGCACGUUAGUGUCUUUUUUUUCAUUUUGUUUUGUAGUUUAUUUUGUAGAGUAGUUUUAAUAUUUUGAGUAGUUUUAUUUGAUCUCAUAGAAGACGGGAGAAAUUUUAUUUUGUUUUUAUCUACGAAUAAUAAAAACUAAGGAAUCG